AGGAGGAAAGGCCCGGUGGACCAGUAUGUUCCUGUAUAUUGCUGCGACAUCAGUUAUUCAAAGUUCUCCCUUCUACAGUUUCCCCAAAUACUAAUAUAUCGUUUCUCUCGAAGAAAGGGGCCCAUCCUGGGCAAAAUCUUGCCUGCGCACUUAGUCCUACAGCUGGAAAGCCUGCAGUACUGCUGGGCUGGGGAAGGAGUUGUUUAGCCUUUCCUGUUGCAGUUUAACUUCCGGCCUGAAGGUGUCGCAGUGUCUCAAUAUGACAGGCUGCUUGCCAUUUCCUGACAGAGUUGGAGAGAAAACGAAAGAGAGUGCAUAGAGAAAAGGUGUAGAAGUAGAGGAGGUGUCGGAGACGCUGCGCUGGAAAAGUGUGGGCGACGGAGACUGGAAACAGCUGGGUCAGUGACGCCCAUUUGAAAAAUGGAAAGAAGAAGGAAAAAGUAAAAAUAUAGGACCAAUUAAAAGCCUAGGACAUUCUAUAUUAGAUGAAUUCCCCCUUUAAAAUAAAUACAGGUAUGGAACCUGUUAUCCAGAAUGCUUGGGACCUGGGGUUUUCCAGAAAUGGAAGAACAUCCUAUAAGGAGUGCUCUGGAAAAUGCAUUAAUUAAUCAACCGGGGGCUGUGACUCCUGAAUUCCUGAAUAAAAUGUUGUAUUUGCCUUUGAGAGAACGGUAUAGAAGACUAAGUGUGGAGGAUCUACUCAAAGGAGGGACACAGGUAUCACGUCUACACUCUGUGACCACUGCUCUCAACAUCCUUGAGAAGUAUGGGAGGAAUCUGUUGUCCCCGCUUCGACCCAAAUUCUGGAGGAGUGUGAAAUUUAACAACCCUGUUUUCAAGACAACAGUAGAUGCCAUUGAGGGUGGACGAUUUGUUCUGUCUCUUUAUGGCUACUCUCAGUCACUUCCUGAUGGUCUAAGUUUUCCAGAUUCUGUGCAGGAACCAGAUGUCUCCACUGUUGCUGCUGUAACAGCUGAUGUGAUUAUUCUUCACCAUGAACUCAACCUACUCAUCUCGAACAUGCACCCACGGCACGAGGAAGCAGCACAAGAACUAUUAGGUGGUGAACUGCCACAGCAGUCUCUUGUUGCUGAUUACGUAAGUGCUCCUAAAGAUCCACAACCAGAAACCACUUCUGCUGGCUGUUUUCUUUGUGGUACUCUAGUUUGUUCUGUGUUUUGUUCCUCUUGUAAUGAGAUGCUCUGUGAGGAGUGUGAUAAGAGAGCACACUCUCAUCCAGUCCGUGCCCAACAUGUGCGUUUACCAUGUGGAAAUACAGCAAAGCCCAGGUCAUUGGAUCAGGACUCCCCUUCUACAGUGUCAUCUCGCCCUCCUUGGAGAUGUUACUCUUGCCAUUUUGAAAACAAAGGGGGUUCUGUUCUGUGUGUGGUAUGUGAGCGCCCCCGUGGCUGUACCAGCAGCCUUUCAAACCUAUCACUUGGAAGUACUUUACAGAGAGACAGCUGGGAAUGCCAGGCUUGUACUCUGCAAAAUUCUGCAUCUGCAGUUCUGUGUGCAGUGUGUGAUCGUCCCCGAUUGGCAAGCAAACCAGCCCAGGAUGGUUACGAUUCUGUUGCUUUGCUUUUGAGAGAUAUACAGAGGGAUAACAAGAGUAUCACAUGCCCUGUGAGUGAAAAAAAUGGUCUAUUUGCCAUGAAGAAUCAUCAGGAGAGUAUGCAUGAACCAGAAAGCAUUGGUCCUCUGAUAGAUCAUACAAGGCAAGAAGAGGAGAUUGCUAAAAGUGAGGGCUGGCAGUGUUCCCAUUGCACUUUCUUUAACACACGAAAUGGACGUGUUUGUGAGAUUUGUGACAGGACCAGUGAGGGGACAGCAGCAACUGAACAACCCAAGGCACUUGAUAUGGCACAUGUGCAGGAGGAGAUCCGGCAGAAGCGACUAAGAGAGGAUGGAGCUAAAAUAGUGGCAUUGAUCCGGGAAGGAGAGAAGUAUGGGGUUCUACCUGAAGAGGUGUGUAGCGCAAUACGAUAUUCUGGUACAGAAGUGCCUCAGUGGUGGCUGCAGACUGAACUUCCCUAUGUAUUAGAGCGUCUGCUGGAUGCUGCUUCACAGAAAGCAGGAGAUACAAUUGGUGCCCUAACAGUGGAAGAAGCUCGUGAUGCUUGGGUGUCCAGUGGUGGAGACAUGGAUGCUGCUGUCAUCUUAUGUGUGACAGAGCGAAGAAGGAAGGUUGAUGCACUCUCCGGCCUAGGUUUUCCAGAAAGGCAUAAAGUGGUAGCUGCUCUUUAUGAAAGUGCUGGAGAUGUUGGUAGAGCACUAAGUAUAUUACAGAGACCACUUCUGGAGCCUUUUCUUAUACGCAUGUGGGAAGAACCACAACCACCCCUUCGGCUAGACUCGGCAGAUAGACAGGCAGUUCUCCGUAGGUUACUUGCAGAACAUUCCUUGCACAGUUGGGGUCGGGCAGAGCUAGCUUUGUCAUUGCUUAUUGAAGGAGAAGGGCGCUAUGAACUCCAGGAUGUUGUAGAGGCAGUGCGGGAAUCGCAGGACAGAGACUUUAUCAAAAGGAUGUUAACACAGGAGUGUGCAGUGUGUGGAUGGGAGCUCCCCCGUAACAAGAUGCGUUCUCUAACCUCAUGUGAGUGUUGUAUCUGUCCUGAUUGCUUCCGGAUGCAUUUCACUGUAGCAGUGAAAGAGAAACAUAUUAGAGACAUGAUAUGUCCAGCUUGUGAGGAGCCAGAAAUAAGCGACGAGGGGGAGCUUCUUCACUAUUUCUCUACUCUGGAUAUCCUGUUACGGGACACUUUGGAGGUUGAUGCAUAUGAUUUGUUCCAUAAAAAACUAACUGAAAGAACACUUAUGAAGGACCCAAAGUUCCUGUGGUGUACACAUUGUUCCUUUGGAUUCAUUUAUGAACGAGAUCAGCUGGAUGUAAAAUGCCCCCAGUGUCAGUGCAGUUUCUGCAGGAAAUGCAAGAGGCCUUGGGAAGAACAGCAUCGGUCUUUAAAUUGUGAUGAUUUUCAGAACUGGAAAAGGGAAAAUGAUGCAGAAUACCAAGCUCAAGGAUUGGCUGUAUACCUGCUAGAGAAUGGGAUCACCUGUCCCCAUUGUAAAUUUUCUUAUGCUCUUGCACGAGGGGGAUGCAUGCACUUCAUAUGUUCUCAGUGUCGCCACCAGUUCUGCAGUGGCUGCUAUAACACCUUUCACCAAAGAAAUAAAUGUACAGUCCCGUCCUGUACGGUAAGGAUGUCUCUCCAUGCUCACCAUCCUAGAGACUGUCUCUUUUACCUCCGAGAUUGGGAUGUCACACGUCUGCAAAGACUACUCCAGAUGUUACUGGUACAGUUUAACACAGAUCCACCCGCUGGAACACAAACUGCUCCAGGAGGUGGGUGUCGUGUGAUGGAGCAAAAGGAGAUACCUGAUGGCCUGAGAGACGAAGCUUGUGGCAAAAUAACACCUCCAGGAUAUGCUGGUUUGUGCGAGUCUCAUUAUAAAGAAUAUCUUGUUAGUCGUAUUAAUGCCCAUUCUCUGGAUCCAUGUGUUCUCUAUGAUCUGGCUGAGACUAUGAAUGUGUGUCAGCGCUACCUGCCUGUAUUGCCUCUACAAGAUCCCACCGAGGAUGAGGCCAGCUACAGGGAGCGUCUCCUGGGGGUGUUAAUAUCAGAGGUGCCACUGAGUAUGAACAUUCCACGGAAGCAGAAUUAAUACUGGAAUUCCAUUUGCAAAGAUCUCUGGUAGUGCUAUGUAAAGUAGCACAGGUUAGCUACAGUAUCUGAAUCAACUGUUGUACAAAAAAAUGAAUAUAAAAAAAAUUAAGAUGUAUAGUUGUGAAAUGACAAAAUAAAAUAUAUUAAAUAUAUCUACCAAUAUCUAAA